AUGUCCGACUCCGAGUCGGACUACUUUGAUGAUGAUGACUUUGUUGUCCCAAGUACCCCCGCCGACCACCUCCCUUCACCCCGACCUACGAAACGCCGUCGCGUCCACUCUCCAGCACGCGGGGCAGGUUUCAUCGACGAUGCGGCGUCUGAGACUGAUUCGGCCUCAUCAAUGGAUGAUGGCCUGAUGGAAGACCGUCGCGAUCCUUCCUCCGACUAUGAAGAUCUUCAACAGCGACCCAAAAACCGAAGCUUUGUUCCGAAACAAAGCAAUUUCCAAGAGAACAUGUUUGUCACCCAACUCACGCAACCCGACUCCAGCCCCGAACGGAUUCGAGGUCCCAGAUGGAAGAAGCCCGACCCAAAAUCACCCACUCCGGAACCUAUCCGAACCCCCGAAUUGAACAAUUCAAAGCGAGAUUCGAACAACUACUAUAACGAGGAGGAGGAACUGAGGGCGGCGCUGGCUGCUUCCCUUGAUGCAUUUGAAGAGGAGAAGACGUCCAGAACAGCAUGGGAACCGCAAAGGCCAAUAUACACAAGUCAUAAGGAAUUAAUGUCCCACCAGGCUCAUGAAGCUUCGCCGUUAGAUGUCUCUUUCGAGCUGAACGAUAUCCCUGACGAUGCGUUUGACUCGUCUCCAAAUCUCUCGCCGAUAGCCCGACCUGCGCAAAUGAAUUCCUUCCAAUCGAGUUUCUCUCGCCCUACAGACCAUCCGAAACACACUCGUCAAAGUACUCUCUACGGGAUGGCAGCACAAAACCCAGACCUCCUGCCGCUCCAAGAACAAGACUCGUCACCGCCUGAUAAGGUCGAGCGUCCAACGCAGCACAAGCUCAACCAAGAUGCCCUCGGCACAUGGUGGUACCCGACGAAUUUGGGCAAAACCCGCGACUAUCAGUACAACAUUGCUCAGAAAGGCCUCUUCCAUAACCUUCUGGUCGCGUUGCCGACUGGUUUGGGAAAGACAUUUAUCGCGGCAACCGUCAUGCUCAACUGGUUUCGAUGGACGCAAGAUGCGCAGAUUAUAUUCGUUGCCCCGACCAAGCCGCUAGUCUCACAGCAAGUCUCGGCAUCGCCCGGAAUUCGUGCAGAAGAAUGGAAAGCCAAGCGCGUGUUCUUCAUGACACCGCAAACGCUGAUCAACGAUUUGAAGACUGGCAUCGCUGAUCCCAAGCGCAUUGUAUUGCUCGUUGUCGAUGAGGCUCACCGCGCGACUGGUGGCUAUGCCUAUGUUGAAGUGGUGAAAUUCCUACGGCGCUAUAAUCAAAGUUUCCGCGUGCUCGCGCUGACUGCAACGCCGGGAUCGACCGUAGAAUCAGUUCAGGCGGUUAUUGAUGGACUGGAUAUCUCGAGGGUGGAGAUCCGUACAGAGAACUCUAUAGAUAUUCGGGAUUAUGUGCAUGCCCGUAAUAUCGAGAUCGAAACGUUUGAGAAUACCGAGGAGAUGCUUUUCUGCAUGGAUCUUCUGUCUACGACGCUGCGCCCGUUGGUGGAGCAGCUGACGACCCUGAAUGCAUACUGGGGAAGGGACCCCAUGGCACUCACGGCAUACGGUCUCACCAUGGCCCGGCAAAAAUGGAUGCAAUCAGACGCUGGCCGAAACGCAAAUUUUGGAUUGAAAGGCAAAGUCAACGCGAUCUUUACGUUACUUGCCAGUCUCGCCCAUGCUAUCGACCUGUUGAAAUUCCACGGCAUUGUGCCCUUUUAUCGCCAUUUGCACCACUUCAAGUCCGGCACUGAUGGUCAGAAAGGCGGGAAAUACCAGAAGCAAAUUGUGCAAGACGAGAGCUUCAAAAAGCUCAUGGGUCACCUUGAACCUUGGAGCAAAAACCCCGAAUUCAUUGGCCACCCCAAACUCGAGUACCUCAAGUCUGUCAUUCUUAAUCAUUUCAUGGACGCAGGUGAGGGGCGGGACACUGGUGAAAAUUCUGGCCAGCCGGCCACUCGAGUGAUGAUCUUCGUUCACUUCCGUGACAGUGCCGAGGAAGUGACGAGAGUGCUCAAGCGCUAUGCACCUAUGAUUCGGCCUCAUAUUUUCGUUGGACAAAGUAGUGCCAAAGGCUCUGAGGGCAUGGACCAGAAGACUCAGCUCAAGAUCAUCGAAGAGUUCAAAGCAGGUAAAUAUAAUACGAUUGUCGCUACUUCAAUCGGAGAGGAAGGUCUGGAUAUUGGAGAAGUGGAUCUCAUUGUCUGUUACGACUCCUCGGCCUCACCAAUCCGCAUGCUGCAACGCAUGGGUCGAACCGGUCGUAAGAGAGCCGGAAACAUCACCCUCUUGCUCAUGAAAGGCAAGGAAGAGGAUUCCUACACCAAAGCCAAGGAUAACUACGAGAAGAUGCAACAGAUGAUUGCAAGUGGUUCUCGAUUCACCUUCCAUGACGACCGAUCUGCUCGUAUUCUCCCGGCCGGAAUACGCCCGACACCUGAUAAAAGAGUCAUCGAAAUCCCACCAGAAAACUCUCAACAGGAACUACCCGAGCCCAAACGUCGAGGUCGAGCGCCAAAGCGGCCCCCAAAGAAGUUUCACAUGCCCGAUGAUGUGGAGACGGGCUUUACUCGAGCUUCCACGUUGGAGGAGGGAUUCAGCAAAGCAAAAGUAAAAGCAAAACCUAAGGUGCCAGCGCCAAAACCAAGAGCUCGCACACCGACCCCUGAACCUGUCGCUAUCCCACUUCUAGAAGAAGUUCUCCUGAAUGCGACUGAGGAAAAUGAACUCGAGCAUCAUUAUCAGAACAUUGGAGACACAUCGCCAGAGUUCAUUAGAUAUCCGCGCCACGAUGCAUUCCCGCAUUUGCAGCUUGUUGCGAGACCCACCAAAAACGUGCGGCAUGGUUCUCUUACACAACGCAUGAUCACUACUUUGCAGAAGAUGAAUCGGGCUGGUCCCGACUGCGAAGCGAGAUUCAAGCAAGUCCUAGCUUGCGAGUCUGCUACUCCUCUUCGGCCACCCUCGAAGGUCUCAAAGACAUCAAGCGAGAAGCGUCGAUCGAGUAACAAAGCAGCCAAAACGCCUCGACAGUCCACCUCUGGCAAGAAAUCUGCGAAACUUCUGGCUCAAAGUCCACAAGAUGCGGAAAUUACCGCUAUUUUACUGUCUCCAAAUACGUCUGAUAUCGAAACAAACCCCAAGAGGAAGUCUAUUCAACGACCUUCUCUGGAGGAGCGAAUGGAUGGACCACAAGCCUCCGAGCAAAUGAUGAAUCUCCCAGAUAGCGACCUCGAUGAUGAUGGGUCCGACUUUGAUCUUCCAGAUGCCAGCAUUUUAUUUAAUCAUGAUCCAGCGCCGAAGCCAAAUGCUCGUAAUAGCAGGCCAGUCAUUCAUGACAGUGAUGAUUGGUGA